AUGAUCAUUUUGGAUGAACAUAAGCAUGGUACAUCGUUGAUGGACAUGAACCGAACGAAUAUGAUAAAGAAAGAAAAUCAUAAAUAUGAUGAAGAGGACGAUGAUGGAAUUUUUUGUGGUGAUCCAUUAUUAAUUAUUGAAUAUAAUAAUGCGGGCCUUUUCAGCCGAGAUAUUACAGAAGAUCAAGAUUAUGACAACUAUCAUAAAAGUUUGUUCGGAUAUUUUCGUUGA